AUGACGUUUUGGCGUGGCAAAGAAAUCAUCCCCAUCAAUCUCGGUAUGGCUGUCAUCUGGUUCACCCGAUCUGCUCGUCAAGGCUAUGCUCCCAGUCAUUGGGCCCUAGGUCAGAUUGCAUUAGAAAACGGUGAUUUGCACAUUGCUAUUGCAUGGUGGGAAACAGCCAUGAAGCUCAAUACUAAUGAUACUUCCACCAUCAAUGUCGAUCAACUCUUGACCACGACCUGCGAUUCGGAUGCGUUGGUGAUACUAGGUAAAAUCAUUCAAAACCAACAAGAAUCUGUCCUGUACACACAGUCCAGCUCCGUCUCGUUGGCCAGUGAUACUUCUUCCAGAGAUGAGGCAGAAUCAUUCUCCCGGGCUCAGCAAGAAAAUCAUGGCCUAGCGCUACGCUGCUUUGGUCAAGCUGCAUUGAUGGGUAACGUGGAAGGCAUGUACUUGACUGCACAAGCAUGGCAUAAAGACAAGGAUUACCCAGUUGCAUUAGAGAAUUAUGAAAAAGCUGCAUCUCAGGGUCAUGUUCCUUCUCGCAUUAUGUGCGCUACAUACCAAAUAUAUGGUUUAGGUGGUAAAGAAACGAAUGCACAUGCAGGCUUUCAUGAAUUGCUCGACUGCGCGCAACAUGAUCCCGACGCCUUUUUGCAUCUAGGAAGAUGCUGUGAACGUGGCCUAGGUACGUCGCAGGACAUGGCCAAAGCAUUGCAGUGGUAUCACCUGUCUAUUGAUGAAAAGGACGAUUCCGAAGCCAUGUUUCGUGUGGGCCAAAUUCACGCUGCCGCCGCUCUGGAAAACAAGGAAGGAGACAUGGACGCCAUGUACUGGUAUCAACGUGCAAUUAGCAAAGACAAUCAUCCACGUGCAAAUUUCCGCAUUGCCUUCUAUUAUAUCCAUGGUAUACAAAGCGCAGAUCAAGAACAAUCACUCCUUGAACCAGAUUUGGAUAUUGCUGUUUAUCAUUUACGCACUGCAGCAAAACAAAAUGACCAGGACGCCAUGUUUGAGCUAGGUCAACUGCUUUUGCGCGAGGAUUUCUCUGUAGACCAACAGUUGGAAGGUCUCGGUUGGUUCGAAAUCGCUGCUGAUAGAGGUUCUCGUGAUGCACAAAGAGAGCUAGGCAAUCUGUAUCAUACAGGACGCGGUGAAGAGGGCCAAGACAAUACACUGGUGAUUCAACAAGACUUUGAAAAGGCAUACGAUUAUUUUAGCUUGGCAGCUCAUUUGGGUGACAAGACAUCUGCUCUGUUUCUCGGCACCUACUACGAGCACGGUAUUGGCGUUGCGCCCAAUGUUGAACUGGCUCAGAGCUGGUAUACUGUCGCAGUAGAGCUUGGCAGUAGUACUACAUCUACAAUGACUUUGCCAUUGCAUGACCCCUCUGGAUGGUGGCCUGCUCAGUUGUGUUUGGCUCGUGUUUUACAUCAAAAUGAGGAAACACAAGGCGAGGCAUAUCAACUUUUCAUGACAAUAUAUCAUACACAUCGACCAGAGCAACAUGUAGCUUAUCUAGAAUUUAUGCUGGCUCUGUAUCAAUUGGAAGGCCUAGGUGGUAUUCCUAUUCAAGCCGACAAUGCAUUUAAUCAACUCGUUCAUUUGGCUGAGCAAGGUUACUUGAAAGCUUUUUUUCCUGUUGCACAAUGUUAUGAAAAUGGGAUUGGGACCACAAAGAAUCUUUUGAAGGCACUAGAAUGGUAUGUUCUGUUAGUACAUAAUCCUGCUACAGGGGAUCAAGACACGACCAUGGAUGAAGAUGAUCUUGAAGAUCUAUCACAUGCUUACUAUCAUUUGGCUGAAUUUUAUCGUCAAGGAGCCGUGGUUGCCAUGGAUACCGAGAAAGCCGAUACUCUCUAUAAGAUUGCUGCUGAGCGAGGUUCAGUUGAAGCUAAAGAAUACUUGUCAUUACAUCAAUCUCAACAUUAG